AUGACUAGCACACCAGCUCACAACUAUGCCAUACCUCCAAUACCCCACCUACCCUCUCCGUCCCACUCACGCCACCCACGCUCGUCCAUAAACUCAUCCUUCUCCUUCGGCCCACAGUCGCUCGUUAACUCUUUGCUUGACGCAAACUCAUCGACUGCUGACCACCCUGACCCGCUCAACCUUGACCCGAACCGGUCCAUAUUCGCCACAUCUCCUCUUCGUGCGUCUCCCCACGGCCGUCGACGCGUCAAGGAAAGCGCGAGCAGACACCCUCUCGCCAAUGACACGAACGUGUUUGGAGACUCGGAUGAGGAAGAGGAGGAGGAGGAGAUUGAGUGGGGAAUGGUGGAUAGGAUGAGGUUGUGGCGGCACGAUGCGCUCAUGCAGCACCUGUACGACACUGCUGCGUUUUGGGGAGACAAGAUCGUUUCGUGGACAAACGAUCCCAACGACGCGUUCUGGCUCGCCCAGACGUACUUCACCACACAUCAAUACUCCCGCGCCGAACGUCUCCUCACCCGCCCCUUCCCCGCCCAUCGACCGCAUCAUCGACCAUCAGCUCAUGCAGGUAACAACUCACCGACGAUGAAUGGCUUCGGUUCUCCUCGUCCUGCUGCCGACACUUCGAUGUUCGCACCUGCCCACACACACACCCAAACCAUGGGCAUCCCUUUCCCCAACCUCGACAUCAAAGGCAAGGGUCGCGAGGUAGAUCCACAUGCACAACCACAUCCGCUUCCGCAUCUCCCUCAAAGCCACACCCAGCCGAGGUUGCCCGUAGGACCUACGGCCAUGAUAGACGUGGCGGCGGAGCAGCAGGAGGGAGUAUCGAGGCUGGUUGAUCUGAGUGUCGUGUGUAGGUACUUGGCGGCUCAGUGUCUAGUUAGGCAGGGUAAGUGGGCGGAGGCGACGGAGAUGCUGGGCGAGGCGAAUCCUUUCCGGGAAUCAGGUAGAAGUGGCCCCGCAGUGGCCAACACAGACGGGGGCAUCAAAGUGGAGGCAUCAAUGUGUAACCUUCGAGGCCUACUUAUGCUAAAACUGAACCGCGGCGACCAAGCCAAGGCCUGCUUCAUGGAAGCCCUCGCUCUGGACGUCAAAUGCUAUGACGCAUUUGAGCAACUCGUCAGUGGCGAGAUGAUGACCGUGGAAGAGGAGUGGGAAUUCGUCCAGUCGUUAGCCUACAAGACCCAAACGCCCGAAGAUUCUGAAUUUAUACGACUCAUAUACACAGCGCGCCUACGAAAAUACAAGCACGCGGAGGAGCAUACCCUAGUGCGACGGAAACUCGUGGAAGAGUAUGGGCUGGGCGAUAAUCCGGACAUUCUGUUCAGCUUUGCGGAUGCGCUCUAUGCUGGAUUCAGAUGGGCGGACUGCUUCACAAUUACCUCGAGGAUAUUGGGUCUUGUAUCUGUUCACGGACCGACGAUGCCGCUACACAUAGCAUGCAUGCACCAUCUCAAACAUCUACAUUCACACCUUUUCGUCUUAGCUCACGAGCUUGUUGAAAGAGAACCGGAAUCUGCGAUUAGUUGGUAUGCUGUCGGUGUUUGGUACCUUACACAAGAGAAAUAUCCAGACGCGAGGACAUACUUCAGUAAAACUUCGCUGAUGGAUCCUCGGUUCGGACCUGCGUGGAUCGCGUUUGCACAUACGUUCGCGUAUGAGGGAGAGCACGAUCACGCUGUCACGGCGUACUCGACCUGCGCGCGGAUGUUCACCGGGUCACAUCUUCCCCUUAUGUUCGUCGGCAUGGAACACAUCAUCCUGUCCAACUACGCCCAGGCGGAUGAAGCUCUGAAUGCUGCCCAUUCGAUGUGUGAUGGCGAUCCAUUACUCGUGAACGAGAGGGGCGUGAUGGCGUUCAACCAUGGAAGAUAUGAAGACGCCGUGACGAUGUUCAAGCAAGCUAUCGAGUUCGCGAAGGUGACGCAGACAUCACAGACUGCGUGGGCCACGACGUAUCUCAAUCUUGGGACGUGUCAUCGGAAGCUUGGUCAACUCGAAGAAGCCAGAGUCGCGUACUCGAAAGUGUUGGAGAUCGACAGUCGUUCGUCGGCAGCUCUUGGUUUCUUAGGUCUUGUGUACCACCUCAUGGAUCGCGUGCACGAGGCCAUCGUCAAAUACCAUGAAGCCCUCUCCAUAAACCCCCUAAACCCUCACCACCUCGACCUCCUCAAUCUCGCUCUCGAAUCCACAACCAUGUCCUCCUUCACCCCCUUCGGCCCCUUAAAACGUCCUUCCAUCCCACCGGACGCCCUCUUCGCCGAACGCAUGAAAGCCGUCGCAGCACGUGAACGAUACCUCCGCCAGCAGCGCGAGGCUGCAAAAGCACAGGAAGACGAAGCGGGAGGGAGUGGGAAUGGAAAUGCGGGUGGCCACUGGAAGGGUGCGGGAGGAAUUGCGGGUGGUGCCGGGGUUCCUCCGAUCGUUCCUGCUGGGUUUACGGCUAAGGGAGGUGGUGUAGGCCCGACGGGGACCGGGACGGGUCCUGGAGGGAGAGUUUAUGGGGUCAUGGCCAAUGGGAUGUUGGGGCUCUUGCCACAGCCGGUGGUAGGACCUGGAGGGGGAGGACAAGCGCAAGGAGCGGGACAGGCUGCUGCUGCUGGAGGUGGAUUAGGGUUGGGACUGCGUACGGCGCCAGAAGGGAGUACGAUGCGUGUGUUACCUACCGGUGCCGGUGCUGGUGGAGGUGGAGGCGGGGGACCGCCUCCAAAUUGGGGCACUGGCUACGCCCAGGGGGCAGGAGCUGGACCUUCGGGAGCUGGUGGUGCAGGGAGUGGCGGUGGUGGACUUGGGCGAGGUGUGGGAAGGAAUGUGUCGGACGAUGCGGCGAUGAAUAUUGACCGGUAAACGUGACGUUGCUCAAAAAACAGCGGUUGUUCGGUAUGCGUCAUUCUUGUACUUUUGAGUGAUGUACGUAGUUGUCUGAGUGUAGAGAUUGAUAUGUACGCUUUGACAAACGGUCAAG